CGCGCGGUUGUUUGCGGCAGCGGUAAACUGUGGUAGUGGCGGGGCCGAGGAUGUCGUGGGACGGCGCCCGGACGGGCCUCGAGUUGCUGCGGCGGCUGCCCCGGGUUUCACUCGCCAACCUCCGGCCCAACCCCGGAGCCAAGAAAAGGGAAAAAAGACGCGGCAGGGGCAUCCACGGAGGGAAAAAAAGUGGUAGAGGUCACAAAGGCCAGACACAACGUGGAAACCGCCCACGAUUAGGAUUUGAAGGUGGUCAGACUCCAUUUUAUAUUGUUAUUCCAAAGUAUGGAUACAACAAGGGGCACAGUUAUCGGCGUCAAUACCAGCCAUUAAGUUUGAAUCGACUGCAGUAUUUGAUAGACCUGGGCAGAGUGGAUCCAUGUCAACCUAUUGACCUGACUCAGUUGGUGAAUGCAAGAGGAGUUACAGUACAGCCACUGAAACGAGACUAUGGAAUCCAGCUAGUGGAGGAGGGUGCUGACAACUUUGCAGCAAAAGUAAACAUCGAAGUCCAGUGGGUAUCAGAGCUUGCUAUAGCUGCAAUUGAGAGGAAUGGUGGAAUUAUAACUACUGGAUUCUAUGAUCCACGGAGUUUAGAUAUUUUAUGCAAGCCAGUGCCAUUUUUUCUAAGAGGACAACCCAUUCCAAAACGUAUGCUUCCACCUGAAGAACUAGUUCCUUACUACUCAGAUGCCCGAAAUCGUGGUUAUUUAGCAGAUCCAGCAGAAGUUCAAAAGGAACGGAUGAUGCUUGCCAAGAAAUAUGGAUACAUUUUACCGGAUAUAAGCAAAGAUAUGAUGUAUAGCAUGUUAACAAUGCGCAAGGAUCCCUUGCAAAUUUUCUUUGGUCUUGCUCCUGGCUGGCUGGUUAACCUACCUGAUAAGAAAAUAUUAAAACCAACUGAUGAAGAGCUAUGUCGUUACUAUAGAUCUGAACUGUGAGUAAUGAUGUCAUUGUAACUAGAAAUAUCAAGGCUGAUUUCUCAUCUGUGUAAACUGAAUAAUGUAUUAAAAGACUUUGUUUUAUA